UCUGCCCCCCAAUCCCUCUUUACUUUGCUUCCUUCGCUGGCGGACGGAGCUCAAGUCGUUCUUUAGCUUUUUCAAUUCAACUUAGGGAAUCCUCGUACCUGACAACCCAUUGUCUAAUUUCAGUCAAAUUUGGUGGAAAAAUAAUUAUUAGAAGUUGCACUUGUCGAGUCUGCUUCAAAAUACAGAGGUCCGCAGAAAGGAUACUUUGAGAGGGUCGUUUAAAUGAGAUUGGAGAUGCUCCUGUCUUUGCUGCUGUGUGCCAUCUGUCCGCUCGCCCUACCGUCCUCCUCUACCCCCAGCCAAGCCUCAGAUGACUCCAGACUCCUACAGGUGACCAUCCCUACGACCCCUGUCUUAUCUGCCGUCUUGGGGGGCUCUCUUACCCUACCUUGCCUGGUGUCUCUGUCUUACCCGCCCCCCAACACGAAUGGCCGCCACGCCGUACUCUCCCUACCCAGGGUCAAGUGGAGUGUGCUGUCCCAGGGACACGAGACUGAGAUCCUGGUGGCCCGAGGGGACAGGGUGAAGGUCAGCGAGGACUACAAGGACCGAGCCUCCCUGCUCCAUUACGUCUCCUCCCCAGCCGACCUCACCCUGAGGCUGGAGGGCCUGCAGUACAACGACUCUGGCUUCUACCGCUGUGAGGUGCAGCAGGGCCUGGAGGAUGCCGACGAUGUGGCUCAGGUCAAGGUCAAAGGGGUGGUGUUCCACUACCGGGAUGCUUCCAGUCGCUAUGCCUUUACCUUUGCGCAGGCCCAGGACGCCUGUGAAGAGAUCGGGGCUCACAUCGCCACCCCAGAGCAGCUCUUGGCAGCCUACCACAGUGGCUAUGAGCAGUGUGAUGCGGGCUGGCUCUCAGACCACUCAGUGAGAUAUCCCAUCCAGAUGCCACGAGAGGGGUGUUUUGGAGACAUGGACGGGCAUCCUGGAGUGAGGAACUAUGGGCUGCUGGAACAUGAUGAGCUGUACGAUGUAUACUGUUAUGUGGAGAAUAUAGAGGGGGAAGUGUUCCAUGGCUCUUCCCCUCGAAGUUUCACCCUGUGGGAAGCUAAGGCCUAUUGUCUGGCUCAGGGAGCGGAGCUGGCUACCACAGGUCAGCUGUAUGCAGCCUGGAAUGACGGACUGAACGCCUGCAGCCCGGGGUGGUUGGCUGAUGGGAGUGUACGCUACCCCAUUGUCACUCCCAGGGAGCGUUGUGGCGGAGGGGAGCCUGGGGUCAGGACUGUCUAUCGCCAUUUGAACCAGACAGGCUUUCCAGAGGCACACACUCGCCACGACACUUACUGCUUCCGAGGCAACAGCAACACUCACACCGAAUCUCCCCAUGAUUACCUGGCUACAGAGCCAGAGGACAUCGGCCAGGACAUUGUGACGCUGUCUGAGCCUCUGGAGGAAUUCAGCCUGGGUCAGGUGACAGAGCAGGUGGUGAGCAAAGAAGCUCAGGGCUCCCUGUCUGCCAUCCUUGUUCCAAAGGAGCAGCACGCAUCAGUGCAUAUAGAGGAGCAAGGGGCUGUCCCUGGGGAGCAGUACCCAGAGAAGAGGGCUGUCCCUGGGGAGCAGUACCCAGAGCAGAGGGCUGUCCCUGGAGAGCAGUACCCAGAGCAGAGGGCUGUCCCUGGGGAGCUGUACCCAGAGCAGAGGGCUGUCCCUGGGGAGCAGUACCCAGAGCACAGGGCUGUCCCUGGAGAGCAGUACCCAGAGCAGGGGGCUGUCCCUGGGGAGCAGUACCCAGAGCAGGUGGCUGUCCCUAGGGAGCAGUACCCAGAGCAGGUGGCUGUCCCUGGGGAGCACGGAGAAGAACAGGGGUUUGUUCCUGGAGAACACGGAGCGGAGCAGGGGGCUGUUACUGAGGAGGCAUACACCAAGGAGGAUGGAGAGGAGCAAGGGGCUGUGCCUGGGCAGCACGGAGAGGAACUGGGGGUUGUUCCUGGGGAGCAGUACCCAGACCAGCCUGGAGAGGAGCAGGGGGCCGUCGAUGGCCAGGACCCUACUGUAGUCUAUCACGAGGAGCUACCCUUUCCGAUUGAACCCCAAGACCCAUUCACCCCCACAUCCUUCCCCCAAGACCUGGAGCCCACAGAGGACACCUGGCAGCCGGUGAAAGAUGUCAGCAACCCAGAAACAUAUCAGCCUGCCCCUGAGGGGGCAAAUGUAGACUUAAACUACCCAGUCACACCGUAUGAUGAGCUGAACGCAAACCCAACACUGUAUCCACCUUCUCGCGAGACAAAUUAUGACUCAGGUGAUCUUACAACUGCUCAUAAAGACAACAUUAGUAGCCCCGAUCCCUACCAGCCCUUGUCAGAGUCAAACGUGGAAUCAGGAGAGCUCUCAAUAGAGGGUGUUCCAGGGACUGCUCUGGAGGCCCCCGUGCCCACCACAGGGUAUGAGGAGGUGGACAGGUCCAGUGAUCCACAGCCCAUGCCUGGCACAACCCCUGAGAGUGGUGAGUCUCAGUAUGGUAUUUCAGAGGACAGCCAUCUGCAAACAGGGAUCACCCAGGAGACCGAACACUACACUUUUACCUCUGAGACCGCAGGCUACAAUGUAUCAGGAGUUGAAGCCACUACUAGUCAUGACAGCUCUCCAGAGGAGCAACUGGAAAGUGGGCUGCCCACACCUCCUGAGGAGGACCACUCCGGAGAUGAGCAUGUCAUCCAGGAGCAUGUCACAGACACAGACUCGGUCUACCCAAGCACCUCUUACGACCUCUCAGGAGGGUCCAUCAGGCCUGAGGGAGCCAUCGCUGCAGGUGUUGAGGAGACAUCUGUAUCUUCCACUUCACCUCACGAGGAAACGGAGCUCUUCCCUGACCAGUCCACCACUCAGCCUCCAUACUGGGAGAACACACCUGAAUACCGGCGUACCAACUCUGUGGACCACAGUGCCAGUGUCCUUCUCCCUGAGGAGCAUACCACAUCACUGGACUCAUUGGUCCUCCAGACAGGGGAGAACAGUGGCUCUGCUACUGCUGAGUCAGGAGACCUGGCUACCCUAAGCCCAGUGGAGAUGGACCCCUAUGAACUGACCUCUGAAUAUGCUUUUGACCCCACUCAGGAGCAGUCUGGUGUCACGUCACCCGACUCCUCUACCCUAGAUGAGCAUGUGGAGCAGGAGGCAGGAGGCACAGUGGACUCAUUACCAGAGGUUUCCAUGGGCUCCACUGACCUGGGUUCAGUUCCAACUGACAAAGUCCUCACAGUUACUUAUGACACUGGCUCUAGUGAAGCCUCUGGGAUCCACGAGGGAAUGCUUGACGUUACCCUCUUGACAUCCCCCAAACCUAUUACCUAUUCCCCCCUGACCCAGCAAUCCGUGGAAGCAGAGGCUAGCUCCCCAGGUGACUUCAUAACCUUCAUCCCAGAAUCCAGCGUUCCAUCUGGGUUUAAUCCCCUGGAGGAAGGGCUGGAGAAGGUGGAGCAAGAGGGGUUGGGUGAAAUCCCAGAAGUAGUCGAAACUACUACCCCAGAGACAGCUUUUGGUGAGGAGGGGAGUGGAGAUGAGCAGAAUGGUCAGGAGGUGAGUGGAGAAGAGGAGAGUGGUCAGGAGGUGAGUGGAGACGAGAAGAGUGGUCAGGAGGUGAGUGGAGACAAGGAGAGUGGUCAGGAGGUGAGUGGAGAUGAGGAGAGUGGUCAGGAGGUGAGUGGAGACGAGAAGAGUGGUCAGGAGGUGAGUGGAGAUGAGGAGAAUGGUCAGGAGGUGAGUGGAGAUGAGAAGAAUGGUCAGGAGGUGAGUGGAGACGAGAAGAGUGGUCAGGAGGCGAGUGGAGACGAGCAGAGUGGUCAUGAGGUGAGUGGAGAUGAGGAGAGUGGUCAGGAGGUGAGUGGAGACGAGAAGAGUGGUCAGGAGGGGAGUGGAGACGAGAAGAGUGGUCAGGAGGCGAGUGGAGACGAGGAGAGUGGUCAGGAGGUGAGUGGAGACGAGGAGAGUGGUCAGGAGGUGAGUGGAGAUGAGGAGAGUGGUCAGGAGGUGAGUGGAGACGAGAAGAGUGGUCAGGAGGUGAGUGGAGACGAGAAGAGUGGUCAGGAGGCGAGUGGAGAUGAGGAGAGUGGUCAGGAGGUGAGUGGAGAUGAGGAGAAUGGUCAGGAGGUGAGUGGAGACGAGAAGAGUGGUCAGGAGGUGAGUGGAGACGAGAAGAGUGGUCAGGAGGCGAGUGGAGAUGAGGAGAGUGGUCAGGAGGCGAGUGGAGAUGAGGAGAGUGGUCAGGAGGCGAGUGGAGACGAGAAGAGUGGUCAGGAGGCGAGUGGAGACGAGAAGAGUGGUCAGGAGGCGAGUGGAGACGAGAAGAGUGGUCAGGAGGCGAGUGGAGACGAGAAGAGUGGUCAGGAGGCGAGUGGAGACGAGAAGAGUGGUCAGGAGGCGAGUGGAGACGAGGAGAGUGGUCAGGAGGUGAGUGGAGAUGAGGACAGUGACCAGGAGGUGAGUGGCCAAGAGGGAGUAGAGUCCGGCUCAGGCUUAGGAUCAGGCGAGGAGCACUCUGCAUCUGCUGAAUCUGGAGAAAGCUCACGGAUCCUUGAACCAGAGGUCCCAUACAUGAAUGAAACUGUCACUCCCAUCAAUGGCACAACUGUCAAUAGCACAGAUGAAAGCGAGCCUGAGUCGAGCACAGAUGCGCCCUCUACUGACAUGGAGAUCACGCUGCUCCCUGAUUUGUACCAGACCCCCGUGCCCUCCCCCACCGUACCCCAGGAGUCCCGGGCCGAUGCAGAUCUGGAGUACAGUGGGGAGACCUCAGUCACGGAGGACCCUGACUCCAUCACUCCACCCACUGAGGAGCCUGAAGAGACCCCCAGCCCGACGCCCACCACAGAGGACUACGAUGACCAGACUACGACGGCAGCACCCCUAUAUCCAGAGGACGUUGAUGAGGAGAAACUGAUUACCACUUCUACUACUCCAAGAUUUGGGAACAUUUCAGAUGCCUGCCUAGAUAAUCCUUGUUCCAACGGGGGAACAUGUGUGGACAGUGGGUCUUCAACCAAGUGCCUUUGCUUGCCCACCUAUGGAGGAGACAUGUGCCAGACAGACCUGGAGGUGUGUGAGCCGGGUUGGGAAAAGUUCAUGGGCUUCUGUUACCAACAUUUCACCAAGCGCCAGGGCUGGGAGGUGGCAGAGCAGCACUGUCGUUUGUGUGGCGGUCACCUGAUCUCGGUCAUGACCCCUGAGGAACAGGACUACAUUAAUGAUAAGUACAGAGAGUACCAGUGGACGGGACUGAAUGACAGGACCAUAGAGGGAGACUUCCGCUGGUCUGACGGGAAUCCUCUGUUGUAUGAGAACUGGUACCGGGGCCAGCCGGACAGUUACUUCCUGUCUGGAGAGGACUGUGUGGUGAUGGUAUGGCAUGACGGGGGGCGCUGGAGCGAUGUGCCCUGUAACUACCACCUCUCCUACACCUGCAAGAAGGGCACCUCUUUCUGUGGCCAUCCCCCCAUCAUUGCCAAUGCCAAGGUGUUUGGUAAGUCGCAUCUGCGCUACGAGACCAACUCCAAAGUGCGCUACUACUGUGAAGAAGGAUUCCUCCAGACACAGAACCCCGUCAUUAAGUGCCUAUCCAACGGCCAAUGGGAGGAGGCUUUGAUCAACUGUCACCCUGCCCUGACCAACUUGGCAGAGCGAGAGCAGAAGGUCACAAUGCCACCCUAUCAGAAUGAGGGGGUGGAGGUGGUGGACACAGCCACGGAGAAAGCCACUUCAGGGUUCUGGGACAUCAAGUGGAACUAAUAAGCUCAUCAAACUCAAUAUGCCCCUUCCCCUUCCCUGGUAUCCUAUGUUCCACUCAAAGACUGUCCAACCUUGUCCCUCCAACAAGGUGGAGCCUUGUAAAAUAAAUGUUCUCCCUGAGAACGAGUCAUCACAUUCCUGUCACCAGCGCUUUCCAGAAUAAACCCAUUUAAAACAUCAACAGACUUGAUGUUACUCGGACCUAGUGCCGAUCGAUCACACUUACAAUAAGAGUACAUCCCAACAUAAGGCCACGAUUAGAGGGAAUGGAUCAAAUUUGCACAGUACAGUUUGUCAUUGGAAUGAGCUUUAACGAAGAUGUCCCAUCCAUCAUUGGGCUUGUUUGUUGUAUAAGGAUGUGUGAUUGUUGACUAGUGAAAUUCUUUGAUAUCCAUCUGUGCUACGACACUGUUGUAUUACUGUAUUUGACUGAGUAACAUAUAUUAUGACAUGUUUAUGAGGGUGUACAGUAAGAUUUUGAUGGAGAGUUUCAGUAAAGUGCAACCUAAAUCUCAACCUCAGCUGGUCUGACAUUAACCGAAGCCACUUUCCCACCCUCUGCCACAAAAACAGAAUUAAGAUGUCCACUUCCGUAUGCUAUUGUAUAAGAAAAUCUCCUUGUCAAUCCAUAUCUUCUCAAUUCCUACAACACAAAGCAUUUUCUCCACAUGUCCUCUUAUCUGGUGUUUUGUUUUAUCAGGUGUCUUACGAACUUUGGACCCAAUAUUAGAAGCCAAUUUCCACUUUUAAAGUACUUGGCUUGAAAAUAGCCAGAAUCCAAAGUUUGUUUUUUUAUACUCUCGUAAAAACGUAAUCACUAAGAUACUAGGAAGAACAUGUGAAAAUGUCCACAAUGGUAUUUCCGUUUUCAUGCACCAAUGAUGUCAUUGUCUUAGUUCCAGUGGAAGUAAUACUGUACGUUGGUAGUGUUUAACUUAACAGUAAUCAAAUAAUGCUAAUUAUAAAUCCCAUUUGUGACUGCACAAUUGCAUAUUGAACUUGUUAUGAAAGAAAACAUUUAAUUGUACAACUAAUUAAAAAGGAGAUGGAUUAAAUGAAAAUAAGAAAAAUAUAGUUUUUGGAGAGUAGAAAAUAAAUAUCUAAUAAAAUGGAA